GGCGGGCGGGCGCGGGGGUGUCCCUCCCUCCCUCGCUCUCUCCGGUAAAGUCUCGCGGUGCUGCCGGGCUCAGCCCCGUCUCCUCCUCUUGCUCCCUCGGCCGGGCGGCGGUGACUGUGCACCGACGUCGGCGCGGGCUGCACCGCCGCGUCCGCCCGCCCGCCAGUAUGGCCACCACCGCCACCUGCACCCGCUUCACCGACGACUACCAGCUUUUCGAGGAGCUCGGCAAGGGUGCCUUCUCAGUGGUCCGAAGGUGUGUGAAGAAAACGUCUACACAGGAAUAUGCUGCAAAAAUCAUCAAUACGAAGAAGUUGUCCGCCAGAGAUCAUCAGAAACUAGAACGGGAGGCCCGGAUAUGCCGACUUCUGAAACAUCCAAACAUUGUGCGUCUCCAUGACAGUAUUUCUGAAGAAGGGUUUCACUACCUCGUGUUUGACCUUGUUACCGGAGGGGAGUUGUUUGAAGACAUUGUGGCCAGAGAAUACUACAGUGAAGCUGAUGCCAGUCACUGUAUACAUCAGAUCCUGGAGAGUGUUAACCACAUCCACCAGCACGACAUUGUUCACCGGGACCUGAAGCCUGAGAACUUGCUGCUGGCGAGUAAAUGCAAGGGUGCUGCGGUCAAGCUAGCUGAUUUUGGCCUGGCCAUCGAAGUACAGGGAGAGCAGCAGGCUUGGUUUGGUUUUGCUGGCACCCCAGGUUACUUGUCCCCUGAGGUCUUGAGGAAAGAUCCCUAUGGAAAGCCUGUGGAUAUCUGGGCCUGCGGGGUCAUCCUGUAUAUCCUCCUGGUGGGCUACCCUCCCUUCUGGGAUGAGGAUCAGCACAAGCUGUAUCAGCAGAUCAAAGCUGGAGCCUACGAUUUCCCAUCACCAGAAUGGGACACGGUCACUCCUGAAGCUAAGAACUUGAUCAAUCAGAUGCUGACCAUAAACCCUGCAAAGCGUAUCACGGCUGACCAGGCUCUCAAGCACCCAUGGGUCUGUCAACGGUCCACAGUGGCAUCCAUGAUGCAUCGCCAAGAGACAGUGGAGUGCUUACGCAAAUUCAAUGCCCGGAGAAAACUGAAGGGUGCCAUCCUCACAACCAUGCUUGUCUCCAGGAACUUUUCAGUUGGCAGGCAGAGCUCCGCCCCCGCCUCGCCUGCCGCGAGCGCCGCCGGCCUGGCCGGGCAAGCUGCCAAAAGCCUACUGAACAAGAAGUCAGAUGGCGGCGUCAAGAAAAGGAAGUCGAGUUCCAGCGUGCACCUAAUGCCACAGAGCAACAACAAAAACAGUCUCGUAAGCCCAGCCCAAGAGCCUGCGCCCUUGCAGACGGCCAUGGAACCACAGACCACCGUGGUCCAUAAUGCCACAGAUGGGAUCAAGGGCUCCACGGAGAGCUGCAACACCACUACAGAAGACGAAGAUCUCAAAGCUGCCCCGCUCCGCACUGGGAAUGGCAGCUUGGUGCCUGAAGGACGGAGCCCCCGGGACAGAACAGCCCCCUCUGCAGGCAUGCAGCCCCAGCCUUCUCUCUGCUCCUCAGCCAUGCGAAAACAGGAAAUCAUUAAGAUCACAGAGCAACUGAUUGAAGCCAUCAACAGUGGGGACUUUGAGGCCUACACGAAGAUUUGUGACCCGGGCCUCACUUCCUUUGAGCCAGAAGCCCUUGGUAACCUCGUGGAGGGGAUGGAUUUCCAUAAGUUUUACUUUGAGAAUCUCCUGUCCAAGAACAGCAAGCCUAUCCACACCACCAUCCUAAACCCACAUGUCCACGUGAUUGGGGAGGACGCAGCUUGCAUCGCCUAUAUCCGGCUCACUCAAUACAUCGACGGGCAGGGUCGGCCUCGUACCAGUCAGUCAGAGGAGACCCGGGUGUGGCACCGCCGGGACGGCAAGUGGCUCAAUGUCCACUAUCACUGCUCAGGGGCCCCUGCCGCACCACUGCAGUGAGCUCAGCCACAGGGGCAUUAGGAGAUUCCAGCUGGAGGUUGAACCUUCACAGCCAGUGACUCUGGAGGGCCUGAGUGACAGCGGCGGUCCUGUUCGUUUGAGGUUUAAAACAAUUCAAUUACAAAGCGGCAGCAGCCAAUGCACGACCCUGCAUGCAGCCCUCCCGCCCGCCCUUCGUGUCUGUCUCUGCUGUACCGAGGUGUUUUUUACAUUUAAGAAAAAAAAAAAAAGAAAAUAAGAUUGUUUAAAAAAAAAUGGAAUUCGUACCAUGAUGCAUUUUAAAACAACUGAUAGCCCUUGGGCUUGCAAGAAGGCCGGAGUUUGUGUGAUGCUCAUCCAGGCAUGAACAGUGGGCUCGCCCGCCAGCUUUGAAGAGGUGAGCUUGGCCUCAGGCCCCCAUGGACUCAGGGGGACCAGGCAAGGACUCUUGACAGAGCUUUGGUCAUGGACAGAACCAUGGUGUGGUUGCAGCCCCAGAGGUGGCCUGAUCACCCCAGUUCUAGGAGUGGACUUCUUCAGAACAUGCAUUGACACCUAGUAUGAGAAAGAAGCAAACACCGUGGCUAUUGGACCUACAUGGGAGAGAAUGCAGCGCUCCCAGCCUGCUGUCCCAGCCUGCUGUGGAGGCAGCUGUGAGGUGUGGCCUCAGGACUGAAGGCCUGGACUUUGCUGUACCGUUCCAGUUAGUAUAGGCGGGAAGAGAAUUGGUGCUGCAGAAGUGUGUCUGACACAAAGCCGAUGAGAAACCUUGUGUUAGUCUGACAUGCACUUACUCAUCCAUUUCUAUAGGAUGCACAAUGCACGUGGGCCUGAGACUGAGGCCUGAUUUCUGCAGGUGGGAAGUGGGAGGGAUUGCUACUUUGUUUCCUGUUGGUUUUCCUAAACGUAACAAGGAGAAAUCCAGACGUCUUUGGCCAGGGCUCCUUUUGCCAUUUUUGGCAGUUCUGUUUGUGUGCUGAUCUGGACCAUCCUUGUCUUGUAUUUUUAUGCUGGUGGUCCCCAUGCUGACCCUCACCUGGGCCUGGGCCCUCUGCCAAGUGCCCCAGUGGGAUGGGAGGAGUGAGGCAGCGGGAUAAGAGUUGGUGGUUGUUACUAUGCAUUCUGGCUGCCCUCUGGGCUGCCUCCCUUCUUCUUCCCAUGCUGCAUGUCCAUCUCUUUCCCUGGGUUUGAGAUAGAACUGACUGCUUGGGUGAGAAGUUUUCUCUUUAAAGAGACUCUUUACUGACCAACUGAAGUAUAGACUUUUCUGCUGGACAAUCUGCAUGGGCAUCACCCCCUCACCUGCAUGUACCCAAAAAGGGGUCCAGAGCCAAGGCUCCUGCAUUCAUUGUCCCUCUCUGUGCUCAAGGAGUUCCAUUCCAGGAAGAAAAGAUCUGUACCUUAGGCAGAUAACAGAGAAGAUAAUGGAGGAGCAAUUGGUCAUAGUCUUGGUUCCCUCCCACCAAACAACUGCACAUUGUCUGCAUUCUGGGGGGUGGAGGGAGGGUAGAUUUCAGCUCCUUGGAUGACCUUCAGGAGACACAGGAGCUGGGAAAAGAGACAGAACUACAGACUUUGGAACCAGCUGAGAAGAGAACAAACUCAUGGGUGCUGGUGCUUGAAUUUAGCCAGGCUCCUCAAGCACCUUGUGCAUGCCUCAGACCCUGGACCCUAGUCCCUUCCUGCCCUGCAGCCUGCAGUGUCAGCCAACAGAUACCUUCACCACAGGGUUUGGUUUUGCUGGCUUGAAGACAACAAAUGGUCUUAGAGCUCAUUGAGACCCAUAGCUUCAUAUGGCUGCUCCAGCCCCACAUCUUAGCGUUCUUACUCCACUUCUGGGGCUAAUGUCAGCAUCUAUAGACUAUUAAUAGACUAUUUAAAAAACGAACCACCUUUUAAACAGGAAAUGGAAGGCAUUUGAUGCAGAACUUUUGCAUGAUGACAUAGAAAUAAUUUAAAAAAAAAUAGUGUUUGUUCUGAAUGUUGGUAGUCCCUUCAUAGCUUUGUUACAAUGAAACCUUGAAGAUAUUUAAUAAAAUAACCUUUAAACAGUC